AUGGCGCCGCAGCUUGAAAUCCGUUGCCCGGAAGAGGAUUGGACGGGUCGAAGCGAUCCUCGGGAGCGAAGAAAGUUGCAGAAUAGGUUGAAUCAGAGGCUCUACCGGCAAAGGAGACGACCGAAAGCACAGCAAGAGCAGUCAACGCCGACAAAUCUUGAGAAUUCCUGGGAAGUGGCAAUCACGGGAAAUCAGCGGAGUGGAGUGGACCAAGUGCCGGAAGAUCGUCAAGCCAUAAUAACUCCAAGAUAUUCUCAGCCAAUCUCUCCAAAUGCCACAUCAAUCCACAGUAUGAGCUGGCCCGAGCUCCAACAACUGAUGAGCCAAUAUGAAGCAAGGGCGCACCAACACAUGAUUGGUUCUCCUAGAGUCGACUUACUCCUCACUCUUAUCCAAUUCAACGUCUUCCGUGCCCUUAUCAGCAACACCAGCAUGCUCGGCCUCACGGUAGAAGAAUGGAUAGAAGAUGAAGAUGCCAUCUCACCAUGGAACCUCAAGGCUUACGACAACAAACAGAAUUCCUGUCCCAGAUCCUUACGGCCAACACAAAUACAAAGAUCAGUCUCGCACCAUCCUUGGAUUGAUCUCUUCCCGCUACCUCGGAUGCGCGAUAAUUUGCUUCGCAAUUCUGACUCUUAUGACGAGUGGGCGCUUUGUAACGAUCUGGUGGACUUUUACGAAGUUCCGAAUGAAAAAACUGGCUUGAUUGUCUGGAAUACGCCGUGGGACCCGUCAGGAUGGGAGGUUAGCGAAGAAUUUUUGACAAAAUGGAAAUGGGUUGUCGAAGGGUGUGAUGAGCUUUUCACCUCGACCAACUACUGGCGAAAGCAGCGCGGAGAAGAAGCGCUGGAUUUUUAUUGA